CGGAUCUGAUAAGACAAAACGACUAGCUGAUCAGGCAAACCCUCUUGGACGAGUUACUAUGCUCUGAAUACGACGCGGAACCAAGCCGGCUCCAUAAAACAGCCAUUUCGAUCAUUUCCAGACGAUCUUGGCGUAAAUGUCUGCAAAGCCAAGAAGAACUGGGCGUCAAUCACGAUGUCUGAACAAGUUCGACCGUCCGAUUGAUAAGAUGGGAUCUUAUCUAGAUCAUCUCCCUUCAACCACUUAGCUCCUUUCCACUAACCUUCAGCCCUCUCCAGAUGACUUCCGAUACAGAAAAAGGGCAGCUCGACAAGACGGGCAUCAGUGUUGAUCCUGUCGAGAUCCAGCAGUCGGAUGAUGUUCGGGGUUCUCAACUCUCCGAAACUUCUCCCGACCACGCGCGGCUUGACUUCAACUCUGCAGCUUACAAGAUCCCCUGGAAGUACAAGAUUCUUGCCCUGAUCUGUGUCGUCUCGCUCCCCAUAGGUCAUACCUGGACCGGCGCCAGUCUUGGACCACUCAAGAACACUUUGCGAAAUGAACUUGGCAUCACCAACACGCAGUUCGGCGUCAUCAGCUCCUCAGAUGCUAUCGUCAAUUCAAUCUGGCCAAUCAUUGGCGGUAUUCUGCUUGACUACUUCGGUCCAAAUAUCAUUGUCCUCUGUUGCACGGGUAUCGUGCUUGUUGGCUCGAUUCUCGCCGGCAUAGCUGUCAACCUUGGGCUGUGGAGGCUUCUCGCUGGUGGGCACAUCAUCAUGGGCUUUGGUAUUGCGGUACUGGACUCAGCGACACAGAAGUUCUUCUACCACUGGUUUGGUGCCGGUGGUCUGGCUCUAGCAUUUGGAUUGGAGAGUGCUGUAUCUCGAACAGUGGAUCUUGUUGGAGGAAUGGUCGCUAUACCCAUCCGCGACAGCACUGGCUCAUAUGUCUGGACCUUCUGGAUAUCAGUCGUGUUCUGUGCAUUCAGCUUCUGUGUCGCCAUCGCGUAUAUCCUCUUCGAGCGAUUCGUCGUGCCAGUGGGCCAUCGCUUGACAACAGCGCGAGCCAAAGCCUUGGCGCGGGGCCUGCCCACGAAAGCCUUGUCCUUUGAGUCUAUUCUUAAAUUACCGUGGGCUUUUUGGAUGCUUCCAAUGACGCAACUGCUGCAGUCCGGUGCGGCAGGCGGCUUCAACACAAGCUCCGCAGACAUCAUACGCAUGCGCGACUUCACCGAGGCAGUUGCAGGCUACCUGUCAAGCGCGCAAAACAUCCUUCCGAUAGUCCUUUCCCCGGUUCUAGGCUUCUGCAUAGAUCGCUACGGGCAUCGCUUCCACUACGUUGCGCUUGCUCCGGUACUGUGGAUCAUUGCCUGCAGCCUGCUCGGCUGGGCGGACAUCCAUCCACUUGUUGCCCUCGUCUUCAGUAGCUUAGCGGGUGUCAUCAACAGCAUGCCUCUACAGAUAUGCAUUCCGCUGUUGGUUGCCGACCAAAACAAGCUUGGAACAGCGUUUGGCGUCUGGCGUGCUUUCAACAACUCCGGAUCCACCAUUGUCGACAUCGUGUUUGGCGUGCUCCAAGAUGAUACCGAGGGCAAUGCUUACACACGUGUUCUUUCAUUCGCGAUCGGUGUCAAAUCAUUAGCGUUUUUGCUAGGACUUGCAUACAUCACUGUCGACUACAGACUUCUCGGGAAAGGCAUGACGAUGACGCUCAAGCAGCGUGAAGCUCGCGAGCAGGAGAUCGAAGACCCAACCUCCGAUCCCUUGACCAAACGGGAGCAUUUCAAAAGUGUCACCUAUGCCGGGCUUGGGCUUCUUACUUCGAUCAUCAUCACGGCCUGGGUGGUGUUCGUUCGGUAUCUCUUGUAAUUCGUCUGGAUGUACGACUGUUUUGUCCAACCACUUUCCCUGGUACAAAAUAGAACACUAAUCAGUGUUUUGGAGAGCAUAAGCUCUGUCUGAUAGCUCAAGUCUUCGGUUGUACGAAAGCCGGCAGUGAGGAUAUUUUAGAACCGGCGCUUAGCUGUCGGCGUUGACCCCAUACGAGUAUGUAGACCGUCAAAAUAUGUGAUUUAA